AACCCUGCACAUUCGUCCAAUCACUCUCUUCCUCAUUUCUCAUUUCUCAUUUCUUGCUUUACACUAAAACCCUCGCCUCUACUCAGCUUCAGCAACUUCAACCUUCUUCUUUGUUUUUUCUAGGUCGUUUCUUCAAUGGCUACUACUCUUGCUCUCAGAAAUUCUUCUUCUUCUUUCAAACGUCUUUCUCCUUUUCUCUUCUCUUCUCAAUUCCACUCUCGUUCCUCUCUCAUCAAUGACAACACUCUUACUACUUCCUCUCCUCCUUCUCCUUCUUCCAAUCCCUGGUGGAGAUCCAUGGCUACUUUCACCAGAACAAAACCUCACGUUAACGUUGGAACUAUUGGACACGUAGAUCACGGGAAAACAACACUCACUGCUGCAAUCACCAGAGUGCUUGCUGAUGAAGGGAAAGCUAAAGCUGUUGCUUUUGAUGAAAUCGAUAAGGCUCCUGAAGAGAAGAAAAGAGGGAUUACAAUUGCUACGGCUCAUGUUGAGUACGAGACUGCUAAACGACAUUAUGCACAUGUAGAUUGUCCAGGACAUGCAGAUUAUGUUAAAAAUAUGAUUACUGGAGCUGCCCAAAUGGAUGGCGGUAUCCUUGUUGUAUCCGCACCUGAUGGACCAAUGCCUCAAACCAAGGAACACAUUCUUCUAGCUCGCCAGGUUGGUGUGCCAUCUCUUGUGUGCUUUUUAAAUAAAGUUGAUGCCGUCGAUGAUCCAGAGUUGUUAGAGCUUGUAGAAAUGGAGCUCCGCGAGCUUCUGAGCUUCUACAAGUUCCCUGGGGAUGAAAUCCCAAUCAUUAGAGGUUCUGCAUUGUCUGCUCUACAAGGUACAAAUGAAGAGAUUGGAAGAAAGGCCAUUCUAAAAUUAAUGGAUGCAGUUGAUGAAUACAUUCCCGACCCUGUUCGCCAGCUUGACAAGCCUUUCUUGAUGCCCAUUGAAGAUGUAUUCUCAAUUCAGGGACGAGGAACAGUUGCUACUGGCCGUGUUGAACAAGGAAUUAUCAAAGUUGGUGACGAAGUUGAGGUUUUGGGGCUGAUGCAGGGUGGUCCUCUGAAAACAACAGUAACUGGAGUUGAGAUGUUCAAGAAGAUUCUGGAUCAAGGACAAGCUGGUGAUAAUGUUGGUCUUCUUCUCCGUGGUCUUAAACGUGAAGACAUUCAACGUGGUCAGGUCAUUGCUAAGCCUGGUUCUGUAAAAACAUCAAAGAAAUUUGAGGCAGAGAUAUAUGUACUCACAAAGGAUGAGGGUGGGCGACACACUGCUUUCUUCUCUAACUAUAGACCUCAGUUUUACUUGAGGACUGCUGAUAUCACUGGAAAAGUAGAGUUACCAGAAAAUGUUAAAAUGGUUAUGCCUGGAGACAAUGUUACUGCCGUGUUUGAAUUGAUUUUACCAGUUCCACUUGAAGCAGGGCAAAGAUUUGCCUUGAGAGAGGGUGGCAGAACAGUUGGUGCAGGUGUGGUGUCAAAAGUGCUGAGCUGAUAAGCACACAUGAUUCAAAUCUUUAGUUUGACACAUUUGCAAAAGGGGUGGAAAUCUUUGGGACCCUGCCUUUUCUAAUGAAAAUACAAACCCUGUGAUAAUUAAUAUUCAGCGGUGGUUGGAUGAACGGAGUAUACUUUAGAGAAGCUCAUCUUCAUGGUUCAUUUUUGUAGUUCAUAAAUUGUCAACAUGCAUUUGAUCGCUUGACACUGCCUGCUUUAAGAAAAUAACCUGUGAAUCGUCUCUUCAUACAUUAACAGACUGAGUCAUAGAUGUUGGGUUUUGCAAAUCUUUAUAUUUGUUAAAAUUUAAACAUUAUUUUGUUUUAAGCUUUAUUAAAUUCUACAUCUAUUGGUUUCAGAAUUCAGAUACCCAAUAGAUUGAAACAUGAUUGUCAGUUGUGGUUAUGAUAUCUUGUGUCUGAUAUAGUUACUGAUGUACAGGAUUUGGGGAAUUACCGCAUUGCUCUUUAUUAUGAAAA